CACUUCCUGCUCCGCCCCCUAAACUGGGGGAACCGGGAAGGAGCAGCUGGGAGGAGCUCCAGAUGCUAGUGGGAGGCACCCAGUUGGGCCUCUGCUUCUGUGGACAGCAUUAGAGCUUGUGACCAGGAAAGACAUCCUCAACUUGGGGGUUCUCCUCAGCAGAAGUCCCACCCCCAGGAGCAAAAGAAGCAGAAGAGUGAGGAGAACUGUUUCGUUUGUGCCAGAUGGCUCUUGGGCACAUACAGACAGUGGGCAGGAAAGGCCUUGAAGCUGGAAUGGGAGUAGGGAAAGAGUUGAAUGCCGGGGAACUCUGGGAGAAAACAUGGCCAAAGAGCCUCCUGGGUGAGGAUGCCCUUGGCUUGAAUGUGCAGCGCCAGCCGUUCAGGCGGUUCUGCUACCAGGAGGCCGAGGGCCCCCGAGACGCAUGCAGCCGCCUCCACAAACUUUGCCUCCAGUGGCUGAAGCCAGAAAGGCACAGCAAGAAGGAGAUGUUGGACCUGGUGAUCCUGGAACAGUUCCUGGCCGUCCUGCCCCCAGAGAUGGAGAGCUGGGUGAGGGAUUGUGGGCCGGAGACCAGUUCCCAGGCGGUGGCCCUGGCCGAAGGCUUCCUCCUCAGCCAGGUAGAAAAGGAGAAAGAGCAGGUGCAUGGACCAUCCGUGGAGAUGUUUGUUGAGUCAGAAAAGAAUCCAUCCAAGACCUUCCGGAAUCCACAGUUCAGUACCUUCAAACAGGAGGAUCCAACGGGGGACACCUCGCCAGGCUUUGGAACACCGCUUCCCGAGUCCUCUGCUCUUUGUCCUGUCGUGAGAGCAGCCAUUAUGCAGCCAGCAGAGGCCAAGGAAGAAGGUCCUGUGUCCUUUGAGGAGGUGGACGUGGACUUCACCAGGGAGGAGUGGGAGCUGCUGGAUCUGGGCCAGAGGGUCCUGGCCAUGGAAGUCACAUUGGAGAAUUUUGGGAACGUGGCCUCUGUGGGAGAGCUUCUGACUCCCAGACCUGAACUCAGCUCCUGCCCAGAAGAAGAAGAGGACAAAAAGACGUUUCCUCAGAGCUCUGUGGAAAUAAAGACAGAAGCAGCAGGAGACGUCAAGGAGGCAGUUGAGGAAAUUAAGGGGUUCUCCCUGGAAAAAGUCCAAAAUAAACAGGCCGAAGGAGACUUUGGGAACAGAGAUGGACCACAGAGCCUGGAAGGAAGCUGUACAGUGAAGAGGGAGGGUAACCCCGUUCUUUGCCAAACAGGGGACUUCCAUGAAAUCCCAGUCCACAGCAAUCACCAAUGGACUUACUCAGGAGUGAAGCCGCUUCUCUGCUCCAAGAGUGGAAUGAUUUUGUCCAUUGGAAGGAAGGGUAAUGUAUUCUUUCCAAACGACGUUAUAAUGAAGGCAGGUAAAUGGUCUUACUGUAGAAAGUACUUCAGAUACAGACCACAGCUUCUUGUACACCAAAAAACACACACAGCACAGAGGCUUUUUGAAUGCGCAGAGUGUGGAAAGAGAUUCAGUAGGAGUUGGAACCUUCAGCAGCAUCAGAAAGCCCACAGACAGAAGAAAAUUUUUGAGUGCCCAGAGUGUGGAAGGACAUUCAAUAGGAACAGCAGUCUUCAAGACCAUCAAAGAAUCCACACAGGGGAGAAACCUUUUGGAUGCUUGGAAUGUGGAAAGAGAUUCCGUCAUAGUAGUACACUUCAGAGCCACCAAAGAACCCACACAGGGGAGAAACCUUUUGAAUGCUCACAGUGUGGAAAGAGAUUCAGUCACAGUAGUAGACUUCAGAGCCACCAAAGAACCCACACAGGGGAGAAACCUUUCGAAUGCUCAGAGUGUGGAAAGAGAUUCAGUCAGAAUUUCGACCUUCAAGUGCACCAAAGAACCCACAGAGGGGAAAAACCUUUUGAGUGCUUAGAAUGUGGAAGGACGUUCAGUAGGAGCAGCAGUCUUCAAGAGCAUCGACGAAUCCACACAGGGGAGAAACCUUUUGGGUGCUCAGAGUGUGGAAGGAGAUUUAGUUUCAGUAAUAGUCUUCAGUGCCACCAAAGAACCCACACAGGGGAGAAACCUUUUGUAUGCUCAGAGUGUGGGAGGAGAUUUAGUUUCAGGAGCAGUCUUCAGAGCCACCAAAGAACACACACAGGGGAGAAACCUUUUGAAUGCUCAGAGUGUGGAAAAAGAUUUAGUGACAGUAGCAGUGUUCAGCGCCACCAAAGAACCCACACAGGGGAGAAACCUUUUGAAUGCUCAGAGUGUGGAAGGACAUUCUGUAAGAGCAGCAGUCUUCGAGAGCAUAGAAGAAUCCACGUAGGGGAUGCUCAGAGCGUGGGAAGAGAUUCAGGCAUAGCGGCAGUGUUCAAAAGCAUUAAAGAGUCCGCAGAGGGAAGAAACCUUUUGAAUACUCAGUGUUGGAUGUCAGCGGAGUAGAAGAAGGCCACGUACCUGUUGUUUGCUUGCAAACAGAUCCAGCUUGGUUCUCGCCACCCUAGCAAGGCAACAGGACUUUCCAAAGGAAACAGAAAGAUAGGGAGGUAGCGCAUGAACGACCAAGGGAAUUUCCCAGGGCAAAAGUUUUCACAAGUCAAAGCUCGUUUGGUCAGGCAGAAAUGAGAAUGAAGACGCAACAGACCUUAUAGCCAGGGUUCCUUUUAAGAUGUGGAGCCGUGUCAGCAAAAAUUCUAAUUUGUGAGUCAAAAAUGGUGACAGCUUUAAAAUUGUGAGCAGGCCUGCAGUUUUGUUUGGUUUUUUAAAAUGUAUUUCAGUUUGCUCAUUUUUUGACAAUACAGCUGAACUGAAUGGGAGCUACACAA